CUUCGGUACACCAACCCGCCCGGCCCGGAUGGCCCUCGGCCAUGGAGCUGGAGCGCCGACGCUACGGCCUCUUGGGGGAUUCUUCGCUCUACACCAAGCGAGGCAACAACAAGCGGACACACAUCAAGCCUGAUCUCCAGCUGCUGUUGCACGAGGAGGUCGAUGUCAUCGUAUGCCCUGGUGGUGGAGUGAAGGAGUUCAUUCUUCACCUUACGCAUCCGCGGAGCUAUGAAGUUCUUGGCAUCAGCUACUUCGGGAAUGAACACACUGGAGUGCCGAUGGACGAGCAGCACCACGGUCAGAUGUGGGCUCGGUGCUUCGAGCUGCUGAGGGAAAAGGCGGACUAUGUGGUCUUCUUCAUGGGAGGUUUCGCGGCCAAGUACGGCUACUUCCAGCCAUAUGAUGACAACAUGAGCAAGAUUAGGAACUGGGCAUACGAUCAAGGCUUUGAGGUGAGAACAGACUUUGACCAGGUCCAAUCCUGGCCGUUGUCGCACGACAACCUCCACUUUUCACGCGAAGUUCACGAAGAGCUCGUGUCCUACUGGGCGAGCCUCUUGCAGAGCCGUGUGAGGUCCAGACCCUCCAGGCCUUCCAGAUGCGCAUCCAUGCCGCCCGCCGCCAUGCGGGUUCCAUGCGAAGUGCGCCCCCUGCACCCGCCGGUGGCAGCGAAGCCCGCGCCGGUGCGCAUGGUGCCACCGGUGCGGCCGGUGGCGGCGGUGCCGCUGGUGCCACUGGAACCGUCGGCGACGGUAACUUGAAAUUGGAAUUCCAUGCGAUGGGAAUUGCUAACUAGGAACAAGAAGCUACUAGGGGCUCCUGGCAUCACUACUAGGAACAAGAAGCUACUAGG